UUGGCGGGUUUCAACGUUGGGAGGGAUUGAUAAAACCAUACUGCGUGAGAUGGUUUCUUGCUCUUUUUUGGGGGUUUUAAGAAAAAGAAAGAAAAAAGGGGAGAGUCAUUGAGCUAACAAUACUAGAAUCCCGUUACAGCGACUCGUACCGUAUUCCCGUUUGUUUUGUUCUUUCUCCUUUUUGCUACACCUCAGUUGAAUCGAAAAGACUGAUGGUGCUUGUUCUGCCCGGCUGUAUUUACCUGCGUUUCGACUUGAAAUUCAAAGAGGCCAUCAGCAUCUCUGAAAAGUAGCAACAGCACAGAAGAAAGACGAGUUCAUUGGGCGGGAUUAAUUGUGAAAACUUAAAAAAGAUCUCGUGAAAUAGCUGAAGGGAGUUUCUCUCCAAAGGGAGUUGGACGGAAUUUUUUCUUUUUAGCCGUAUCCAGUUUGUCUCUCCCCCUCGUUCGGCAUAUACUGUGACUCACAUAGUUGCCACUGCUUCAAAACAAGCCAGAGCACACACAAAAAUAUACAGACAAAACAUGGCUGCCCACUGCAGAAUUGUCGACGUAAUCUUCUUUAUUUUCGUUGGCAUUACCUGCUGUCAAGCAUCAUCUUUACUGUCAUUUAGUUAUGGAGUACUUGAGGCCAAGAAUGGGACAACAGAAGUAAGUUUCUGUGUCAUCUACUAUCCGAACAUCACAAGUUAUCCUUCAGAAAAAGUUGAUGCGGUGUAUGACUCCAUCAUCGACUUGUCAUCUUGGGAUGGGUGCAGCGAGACUCCUCCCAGUGCGGAUGACAUUUCUGACAAGUUUGUGAUAACAAGUAAUGGAAACUGCUCAAUUAUCAAGAAAGCAGAAACCAUUAAAAGGUUCAAUGGUAAAGGGCUUCUCAUAGUAGCAGCCCAAGUGAUUCACCUGUCAGCUAAUAUUAGUUAUCCAGUUGAAAUUCCCAUUGCUCUUAUUGGACAAGAUUCAAAAACUAUUCUUGUGGUAUUAGGAAGUAGUGUACAAAUAUUUAUUUAUUCCCCAAUCGAUGGAUCCCACAUGGACUAUAGUCUCCUUGUCAUUUGGAGCUUAGCUGUGUUAACAGUGGGCAUUGGUGCUUAUUGGAGUGGACUUGUCCGUCAUGACCUGCAAAAACAAAGCCGCCUAAUCUCACAGGGGCAUUCAGGUGAGGUAUCAGAAGAGGCCAAAGCCAUCCUUCAAGAAGAAGUUUCACUAUCAGUUACUCCUAUGCUGGUGGGCGUCUUCGUGCUGUGCAUGUGUGGCAUGCUGCUCCUGCUCUACUUUUUCUUCAGCUACUUGGUUUACGUCAUCAUCGGCCUGUUCGUUUUGGCGUCAAUCACAGCUGUUUACCAGUGCCUUGAGCCAAUUGUCCGUCGUAUUCCGGUCGGGGCUUUCAAAUUGCCUCGUUGUGACGCUGGCUUUGUCCAAGUCCACGUUGAAGUACGGCAACUCGUUUUAUUUAUUGGAGCCGUGACACUGGCCGUCUGCUGGGUGGUAUACCGCAAAGAGAAAUUCGCAUGGAUUCUACAGGAUAUUCUGGGUUUUGCUUUCAGCGUCAAUAUGAUUCGUCAGGUGCGGUUGCCCAGCUUAAAAAUCUGCACACUCCUUCUAGUCUUGCUCUUCUUUUACGACAUUUUCUUCGUCUUCAUUACGCCGCUUUUCACCAAGAACGGCCAGAGCGUGAUGGUGGAGGUGGCAACGGGCGGAGGAUCGGGUGUCUCUGGAGGAACGGGAGGCAACAGCGGCAACUCUUCGGGAGGCGACGAGCAGCUGCCCAUGGUCAUCCGCGUCCCGCAUUUAGGUUACGACCCACUGAGCGUCUGCUGGCAACGCUAUUCGCUUCUCGGCUUCGGCGACAUUCUCGUCCCGGGCAUGCUGGUUGGAUUCUGCCACGGAUUCGAUUUGGCAACUGCCAAUCGCCGCAAACUCUACUACAUCAGCACGCUGAUCGCCUAUGGCCUGGGACUGAUGGUCACCUUUGCCGGUCUCUACCUGAUGGCAGUCGCUCAACCGGCUUUGCUCUACUUGGUUCCGUUCACUCUUAUUCCCGUUUUCUUGUUGGGUCUUUGUCGACGAGAGUUUUCGAUCCUCUGGAACGGAGAUGGACAGGUUGUCGAGAAUACAAGAUUAACCGACAGCUCCAACUUGGAAUGCGCCCAACCUAAAGUCGACCCGGCAAAGGAAUCGCUAUCCGAAAGAUCUUCAACCACCAAAGACCGAGACGCUUUGAUGGAUUAGCUGUAAGCGUCGAUUGGCAUACAGUGCUGGUCACGACAAUUAAGACCAAGAAAAUAUGCUCUACAUUUUGAUUAUCGGUUUGCCUUUUUUUUUCUUUUUAUUAUUAUUAUUCCUCAAUUAUUUUUAAAAAACCCCAAGUGGUUAAAGAAAAGAAAAACAGAAAAAAAAAGUCAAAAUUCGUAUUCACAGAUGGUUCUCUCCUUUUCGCGGACUGCCGUCCAGCGCUCAUACUUUUCCCCUCUCUAUUUCUCCCCAUUCUAUAUUCCCCCGUUAUUUGAAAAAUUUGUUUACUUCCCGACGAGUGCACUUGUUUAAAAAAGAUUUCAAACAAAAAGUUGGUGCAAUAACGUUAUUUAAAAACUCCCUCGCACAGCAAAUAUCGUAGGUCGGCCCUGUGAAACGCUUGAGGUUGGCGGUCGAGGAAGGAGAUUGCUUGAGUCUAAAUGCGAUAUCGAUCCUGACACACACA